UUCCGCUUCCCCUCGGCUUUCUUCUCGUCGGUGUCCGCGGCCGGUCUAGGACCGAGUCCCCGCGGAAGCGGCGGCGGCGGCGCCAUGGCGGAGCUGACGGCCCUGGAGAGUCUCAUCGAGAUGGGCUUCCCCAGGGGACGCGCGGAGAAGGCUCUGGCCCUCACAGGGAACCAGGGCAUCGAGGCUGCGAUGGACUGGUUGAUGGAGCAUGAAGAUGACCCCGAUGUGGACGAGCCUCUAGCGACUCCCCUAGGACAUAUCCUGGGACGGGAACCCACCCCCUCAGUGCAGAGCGGCCCUGAAGGUCCUGACCGAGGACCUGGUUCUGCAGCCGGAGAAGGCAAACCCGUUUUGAGUGAAGAGGAAAAACAGGAACAGACUAAGAGGAUGUUGGAGCUGGUGGCUCAGAAGCAGCGGGAGCGCGAAGAGAGGGAGGAACGGGAGGCAUUGGAACGGGAACGGCAGCGCAGGAGACAAGGGCAAGAGUUGUCAGCUGCACGACAGAAGCUACAGGAAGAUGAGAUGCGUCGGGCUGCUGAAGAGCGGAGAAGGGAAAAGGCUGAAGAGUUAGCAGCCAGACAGAGAGUUCGAGAAAAGAUUGAAAGGGACAAAGCAGAGAGAGCCAAGAAGUAUGGCGGGAGUGUGGGUUCUCAGUCAUCCGCGCCAACCACAGAGCCAGGGCCUGUUCCGUCCUCUCCCAGCCAGGAGCCCCCCACCAAGCGGGAGUAUGACCAGUGUCGCAUACAGGUCAGGCUGCCAGAUGGGACCUCACUGACCCAGACAUUCCGGGCCCGGGAGCAGCUGGCAGCUGUGAGGCUCUAUGUGGAGCUGCACCGAGGAGAGGAGCCUGGAGGGGGCCAGGACCCUGUGCAGUUGCUCAGUGGCUUCCCCCGGCGGGCCUUCUCAGAGGCCGACAUGGAGCGGCCUCUGCAGGAGCUGGGACUUGUGCCUUCUGCUGUCCUCAUUGUGGCCAAGAAAUGUCCCAGCUGAGAGGCCUUUUUUCCACCAUCCCUCUCUGACCUCUUCAUCUUUGUUAAAGCACUGACAUCUCCUUCCUAAUAAAUAGACCCUCUCAGUUCUGUA